AUGGCACCCGUUGCCGUCUUCCCCCAAGCCUCCCCCGUCUUUAACAAGCGGGAUGGCCAGGCACUCGAGGACCUAUCCGAUGCCAUCGACGAGGUCAACGUCCUGAAGGACAUGAAGAAACGAGAAGCCGAGAAGGCCGCCGCCGACAAGGGUCUAUACGAAGAGUCCGAGUUUGACAAGGAGAAGGACAAGACCAACUUCCGCCAAUACGAAGACGCCUGCGAUCGUGUCAAGAACUUCUACAAAGAACAGCACACCAAGCAAACGGUAGCCUACAACCUGAAGGCCCGCCACGACUUCCACAGCAAGACCCGCGCCGAGAUGACCGUCUGGGAAGCCAUGGAGAAGCUCAACACGCUGAUCGACGAGUCCGACCCCGACACCAGCCUCUCGCAGAUCGAACACCUGCUCCAGUCUGCGGAAGCCAUCCGCCGCGACGGCAAGCCGCGCUGGAUGCAACUGACAGGCCUGAUCCACGAUCUGGGCAAGCUGCUCUUCUUCUUCGAUGCCGAGGGCCAGUGGGAUGUUGUCGGCGACACGUUCCCCGUGGGCUGUGGCUUCGACGAGAAGAUCAUCUACGGCCGGGAGUCGUUCGUCGACAACGAGGAUUACCAGCACAAGAUCUACGAUACCAAGUUCGGCAUUUACAGCCCCGGCUGUGGUCUCGAUAAAGUCAUGCUUUCUUGGGGCCAUGACGAGUACCUCUACCACAUCGCUAAGGAGCAGUCGACUCUCCCUGACGAGGCGCUCGCCAUGAUUCGCUAUCACUCUUUCUACCCCUGGCACAACCAGGGCGCCUACCACGAGCUGAUGAACGAGCAUGACCGUGAUAUGCUGCGCGCUGUCAAGGCUUUCAACCCUUACGACUUGUACAGCAAGAGUGAUGGUAUUCCCAGCAUCACUGAGCUCAAGCCUUACUAUAUGGAGCUCAUCGACGAGUACUUCCCCACCAAGGUCCUUAGGUGGUAG